AUGCUCUCCUUCCUUUCCAACCUCGUCCCCUUUUCGAAGAAGAAGAUGGCCUCCUCGGCCAGCAAGAAGCCAACGGCAGACCAUCGAGGCCAACUAGCUGCUCGUAUUCACGGGCAAGAAAUCAACGUUCCGGACCUCACCCUCAUAUAUACCGGAUGGAAAGUCAGACAACAUCCCGAUGUCGACAAGAUGCGUGCAGAACUCGAAGCCUGGUUCACUGCCUAUGUACCCACAGAGAAGCAACGUACAAGACAACGGAAAGUGGACAGCGCUCUUUGCUCCGGCCUUUUCUGGACGAAUGUCAGCUCGGAAAACUACGCUAUACUAUGCUCCCUGAUGGCGUGGUUCUUCUUCUGGGAUGAUGAGAUGGAUGACGGCGACGUUACCGAGCACAAGGACAAGGCACAAGCCUACUGCGAUGAUACCGUAGCCUUCAUCAAGAGUUGCCUUCAGCCAGAGUAUGGUGUCCAACCCCCCGCCCCCGGACGCUUACACAAUUCCGGUGCCUAUGUCGAAAUCGGAAAAGCCAUGCAAACUGGUCAGUCGCGGGAGGAUCGAGACCGGUUCGCGGAGUCUAUUCUCCAGUACAUUGAGACUAUCCGGGUGCAGCAAAAUCAGCGUCUCACUGGCAUAACAUCCGUUGCCGAUUACAUAGAGCGUCGAGUUGUGUCCAUUGCUUCAACACCUUGUCUGACCGUCCUGCCUUGGGCAUAUGGCCUUAGCAUGCCUCAAUGGAUAUGGGACCACGAAGCUACCAACCGCGUCUUGCGAGAGGUCGCCAUGGGGGUCUUCCUAGGCAAUGAUAUCAUCUCUCUCAAGAAGGAGCUUCUCAACGACGAAGUCGACUCGAUCGUCCCCGUGCUCGUCUACAAUGAGAAAAUCACGGCACAAGCGGCAGUAAACAAGGCAGUCGAACUUAUGCGUAAAUCAUACGAGGACUUUGAGGCUGCAGCAAGCCGUCUGAGGGACGCUGUCAGCAACGAAACCCAACAAGUCAAGGACGAUGUCAAUGUUUGGAUCGGUGCUGCUAUGGAUGUCUUGGUGGGCAAUUAUGUUUGGAGUGCGAAUGCCCCACGGUAUAUUCCCAAGUCUGCUUUUACAAAGGGCUUUGCCUUCAAGUUGGUUCUGUGA